AUGGCCGCCACAAAAAUGACCAAGAACCAGCUGCGGAGAGCCAAGAAGAAGGAGCAGAAGAAGGCCCAGAAAUCUGAGUCUACAGACGAACUUCGACAAAACGACCAUCAAACAGAUCAAGAACAAGACGCGAUUGCCGCCGCCGCCAACCAUGUCGAUUCCGACAAUGAAGAUAAGCACGAAAUCAACAACCACGCCGCCGAACCUCCUGUCACCCUGGAUGCAACCAUCGUUGACGAUUCCUUCGAUGAGGACCCCGCUUUUGCUGUGUACAAAGAUAUUUUCACCAAAUUUGGCGCCUCAUUGAGGGAGGAUGAGGUGGCUAAGGAGGCGAAUGCGGGCAAUCAAGGCACAAUUUUUCUUGGAGACGAUGAUGGUAUCCCUGACGAGGAAGAAGAAGAUGACAAACCCAAGUUGUCGAAGAAGAAGCGAAAGGAACUCAACAAGCUUUCCGUAGCCGAACUGAAGGCGCUGGUGUCUAUCCCAGAAGUCGUUGAGUGGCACGACGUGUCUUCGUCUGAUCCACGAGUAUUGGUCCAGAUCAAGGCUCAGCGAAAUGUGGUACCAGUACCAACACACUGGUCACUCAAACGAGAAUACCUGUCAUCCAAGAGAGGCAUCGAAAAGCCACCCUUUCGACUACCUCAAUUUAUCUCCGAUACUGGCAUUACAGAGAUGAGGGACGCUGUGCUCGAGAAACAGGCCGAGCAGACGUUGAAGCAGAAGCAAAGGGAACGAGUCGCGCCAAAAAUGGGCAAGCUAGACAUCGACUACCAGAAGCUUUACGAUGCUUUCUUCCGUUUUCAAACGAAACCAGAGCUUACUCGCUUUGGCGAAGUAUACUAUGAGGGCAAGGAGGCAGAAGUCGACUACCAACACUUCCGGCCUGGCGACCUGACCGAUGCUACCAAGGAAGCCCUAGGAAUGCCGGCUGGAGCGCCCCCCCCCUGGUUGAUCAACCAGCAACGCUUUGGGCCUCCCCCAUCGUACCCAACGCUCAAAAUUCCUGGCCUCAACGCCCCGCCACCUCCUGGUGGUUCAUGGGGCUUCCACCCCGGCGGAUGGGGUAAGCCCCCUGUCGAUGAGAGUAACCGUCCAUUAUAUGGUGGUGAUGUGUUUGGCCUCGCUCAAAACGGAGGAGCCCAACCACAGGCAACACAAGUUCAACUACAGAUAGGCGAAGCCGUUGAACGGACUCUUUGGGGCGAGCUGCAACCCCGAGAAGAGGAGUCAGAAGAGGAGGAAUCCGAAGAAGAGUCCGAUGGGGAGGAGGACGCUGACGCUGGAAACCUUGAGACACAUAGUGGCCUCGAGACUCCCAGCGGCUAUUCCACGAAUUUGAACGAAUACGGCUCUGGCGGCGUGGAAACCUCCGUCGCGGGCGAAAUGGACCUACGAAAAGAGCGCCGAGGUUACGAUACUGAGGAAUCAUCCGCCCCGAGAUCGGCCUACACAGUCCUGCAAGAACGGCAGGUCCGAGCAGAAGGCUUCUUCGGCAGCGACCGCGUCUAUGACCUCAAGGCCGGCCAGCGAGCUGGAGUGCCCGUCCUCGGCUCAGAAGACGAGUCCCGCAAGCGCAAGAAACCCGGCGAUGUCGAUGUUGCCCUGGACGUUGACUCAUUGAACAAGCAUGACGGCAUCAACCGGGAUGCCCUUCGGCAACAGUUUGAAGAGACCAGAAAACAGGAAGGACUGGGAGCCAAUUGGGCUCAUGAUGAUGACCUCACGGAUCUCAUUGCCGAAGAGAGCCGCAAACGACAACGCACAGAAAAGGAGCGCCAGGACAAGAAGAAAGAGAACCGGCAUAGGUUUUAG